AUGCGUACGUAUCCUCCUGGUUCGCGAUUUCUACCAACGGAGUUGGGGUUGGUGAAGCUUCAUCUUAAGGACAAGGUGGAGAAUAACAUUAGCGGUUUCAUAAAAACGUUGAACGUCUACGGAGACGCGCCGUGGCUUCUCCAUCACGACACGAACCCUCUGUAUAGUAGAAACGAAUGGUACUAUUUUGUUCCGAGGAAGAUAAGAGGUGUCAAGACCGUGAGCCGGAUGGUACCGAGUAACGGAGAAAGCUUGGGAGGCACGUGGAAAUCAAUAGGUAAGAGAAAAGAAAUAAAGAAGAAAGACAAGGAGUUGAUGGGUUACAAGACGGUACUAGUGUUCAACAAGAACGUGGCUGGGGAGUUAGAAAAGAAGAAGACUGACUGGCACAUGGAUGAGUAUUCCCUUCACAGGAAUGGUGAUGAGUUCCAUGAUUUGGUCUUGUGUCAUGUCAGACUUCUUUAUAGUGCCGAGAGAUUCAAACCCCAUGUCCCUACUGCUCAUCAGGUUGAUGUGAAAAACGACAACAACAACAACAACGACGUAGUCUUACCAAACCAAGAGCAACAAGAAGCUGGCGACGUCAAUCAACCUCAGCAACAACAACAAGAACAACAAGAAGAGCAAGAAGAUUAUAUUCUUGUAGAUCGUCAUCUGCGGAGCAACCAUAACCAAAGACAGUAUCUAUUGGAAGAUAUUGUUAAUCAGAAUGGCCGUGGCUACGUCAAUCAACAUCAGCAACAACAACAAGAGCAAGAAGAGCAAGAAGAUUAUAUUCUUGUAGAUCGUCAUCUCCGGAGCAACCACAACCAAAGACAGUAUCUAUUGGAAGAUAUUGUUAAUCAGAGUGGCCGUGGCUACGUCAAUCAACAUCAGCAACAACAACAAGAGCAAAAAGAUUCACCAGAUCCUCUUCUCCUUCCUCCUCUUGAGAGCAACGACAACCAAGAACGUCAUCCAUUGGAUGAUAUUGCUUUUGAUGGCGCAGAUGAUAAUCUUACAAUUGACAUUGACGACCUCUUGAAAAUUCUAGACGAAGGAAAAGAGCAAGAAGAUUCACCCACUCUUCCCCUUCCUCCUCUUCAGAGCAAUGUCAACCAAGAACCAUGUCUCUCGUGGGAUACUAAUUAUGUCCCAUCACAGGUGGAGAGCUACUACAACAACAACACCGUCUUACCGAACCAAGAGCAACAAGAAGCUGGUUUUGCUAAUCAUUAUGACAUGACAAUGAUGGUAGAGAAAGAACAUGGCGACAUCAAACAACAAUAUCAGCAACAACAAGAUCAAGAGCAACAGCAUAUAGAUCUACAGAGUCUUCUCUAUGAUCCUGAGUGGCAUGAUUUAUGUUUUAUGCCUCCUCUUCAGAGCGACGACAACCAUGGACAGCGUCCUCUUGUACCAUCUCAGGUGGAGAGCUACUACAACAACAACACCGUCUUACCGAACCAAGAGCAAAGAGAAGCUGGCUUUGCUAAUCAGAAUGACAUGACGAUGAUGGUAGCAAAAGAACAUGGCGACGUCAAGCAACAACAAGAUCAAGAGCAACAGCAUAUAGAUCUACAGAGUCUUCUCCUUGAUCCUGAGUGGGAUGAUUUACGUUGUGAUUUUGGUGGCGCGGAGGUUGAUUUGAUUAUGCAAAAUAUGGACGUAAGCAUGACUCAACAAGAACAACAAGAAGUGCAAGAAGAGAUAUUAAAACUGCUGGAACCGGUUCCUCAAGCUCAAGACUCUGGAGUACAUGCGGAUCAAGUCAUGCCUAAAGAUUGUUACGAUGAAUAG